AUGUCCUCCUUUGCGCGGACACUGGCACCCCUCACCACAGAGGCGCGCCCCUCAUUCUCCCCCCUCGCCGUGCUGAAACCGUUCCUGCUCGCCAUCCAGGCAUCGCUGCUUCGCCUCGACCUUUCUCGGGACCCUCGCAAGACGCUGAAUCGUCUGAAACAACAUAAAUUCACCCUCGGCAACACCCUGCCUCUGGCGUUCAUGGUGGCAUGUGCGCUGCAUAGUCUCUAUAUCAUGGAGCCAUUCUUGCUCAAAUUCGCGAUACCACUGGUAUAUGGCACGGCCAUACUGCUACCAAUCACCUCCCAAUUCGUCUGGCCAGCGACUCCCAUCUUUGCAUGGCUCAUCACUUUCUUCUGUGCUCGCUUUAUCCCCUCCGGCCGUCGACCGACUAUCCACGUCGCCCUCUUGCCUGCCCUCGAAUCCGUGCUCUACGGUGCGAACAUCUCCGACUUGCAGACGCGAUAUACCAAUGCCGUACUGGAUGUCAUUGCCUGGCUGCCAUAUGGCGUACUGCAUUUCACUAUCCCGUUCGUUGUCGCUUUGGUCCUCUGGUCUGUUGGCCCCAGAGGCGCGGUCCAAUACUUUGGAUUGGCGUUCGGGUGGAUGAAUCUUCUAGGAGUCGUUUGCCAAAUUCUCUUCCCCGCCGCUGCCCCUUGGUAUGAAAUCAUCCACGGCCUUACUCCCGCAGACUACUCGAUGGCUGGCUCUCCCGGUGGCCUGAUGCGUAUCGACCGGGUCUUCCACUCUUCCGGCUACACAAACGCCUUUGGCUCCGCCCCUCUCGUCUUUGGCGCCUUCCCCUCCCUCCACGCCGGCACAGCCACCAUGGAAGCCCUCUUCCUCUCCCACUUCUUCCCCCGAUUCAAACCCUUCUACUGGGCAUAUGUCGGCGUGCUCUGGUGGGCUACCAUGUACCUCUCGCACCACUACCUGAUCGACCUGGUCGGAGGCGCUUGUUUGAGUGUGCUUGUGUUCUAUCUGUGCAUGCCUGAGGGCUUCAAGGAUGUGGAUCAGAUUCAGUGGGAUAAAGUGGAAGGCGAGGGGUAUGAGAUGAUUGGCGGGCCCAGGACUGGUACCGGACCAGACAUCGACCUCGAUGAGGAGAUUAGGAAGCUGGAGGAAGAAGGAGAGGCUAUUUUCGAGUCUAUCGUCCCGGGGGAUGAAGAGAGCAGGAUCGGGGAAGAGGUUGUGGCUGGAGGGAGUGAGGGAAAGGCUCCCAAGCCAAAAGUGAAGAAGCAGAGGUCGGUCAGCUGGGGAGAAACAAAGGUGCUGGGGGAGGGUGGUGUGCAGCAAGAGGAGAGCAGUAAGGCACAGGCGUAG